GCCUGGCUUUUUGAGCCCAUCCGCCGGCCUCAAGUUCGCCGACAUCCCGAACGGACUCGCAGCUAUCUCCAAGGUGCCAAUGGCAGGCUGGGCGCAGAUUGCCGCGUACUUUGGCUUCGUAGAGUUCAGCGGUGGCUUCGAUGACUACAAGACCG